AUGUCCCUUUUUCAUCACAGUCUGAGCUGCCGGUUGUUUCACGGUAACGUUAAAGUCCUACAAAAAUGCACCCAAACCGUUAGAUACACACACAGUGCUUUACGGAGGGAAACCGGACCGGUACUCACACUGUCACCAUGGAGAGUCAACGGCUGCCCGGUGAAUGUGAGUCAGCGGUACUCCUGCAGAUCAUCACAGUGGCUGAAUCAACGCUGCUCAAGAGCAUUUUCCUCAAUACCUCCACCAUCCGGGGGACAGCCGAAGAAGUCUGGGCCUGUGACAUGGAAAUCUUUAGCAGUAACAUUUGCUAUCGGAGGCUCUCUGCUCGGAGCGAUGAAAUACUUCAAGAAAGAAAAGGAAGAAUUGAUUGAAAAAGAGAGAACCAAAUCGAUAGGCAAACCGGCGCUGGGCGGUCCGUUCGCGCUCAUCGAUCACAACAACAAACCCGCCAAGAGUGAGGACUUCUUUGGCCAGUGGCUCCUCAUCUACUUCGGGUUUACUCACUGUCCAGACAUCUGCCCCGACGAAAUAGAGAAGAUGAUCGAAGUGGUGGAUGAAAUAGACAAAAUCCAGUCUAUUCCAAACCUGACGCCGAUCCUCAUCACCAUCGACCCUGACAGGGACACUACAGAGGCCAUGGCUACAUAUGUGAAAGACUUUUCCCCGAAGCUGAUUGGUCUGACGGGGACAAAAGAUCAGGUGGAGACGGUUUCCAGAGCCUACAGAGUUUAUUACAGUCAGGGACCAAAAGACGAAGACAACGACUACAUUGUGGAUCACACUAUCAUCAUGUACCUCGUGGGACCCGACGGAGAGUUUGUCGAAUAUUACGGACAGAACAAAAGAAAUGUUGAGAUCACCAACUCAGUAGCGGCACACAUGAGAAAGUACAAAAAGGGAAAGUGAGCGGAGGCCCUUUUUUUUUCAGCUCAACGUGCACUGACAGAGACUGGUUAACUUAAAUCACUAAUGCCUGUAUUUAUUUUGCGUAUACUGUAUUUCCUGUGUGUGUUAAUAUGUCUGCAGUAACAUUCCUGGUGUGCGGGGAGAAAAGCAGGUCUGCGGCCUCCAUGAUGUCAUGUUGCUUUCCAUUAUUACCCAUAAAAUGAAAAAAACAUCAUUUGGAAUAACUUGGAAUCAGAUCUGAUGUAAAUUAAUCAUGUGAUAAAAGAUAAAACACAAUACAAUAUGUUGCUUAGCAGGAAAUACUUGAUUUGAUUUGAUUACAUUUUUCUACAAAGCAAGGCAGUUACCAAAAAAAUAAGUCUAUAUUCUGUUAUAAACACACACUCAGAGAAGAAGAAUAAAUACAAAUAAUGAAUUUUGUAAAGAAAAUGUGAUUGCAGGCAGGUGGAUUUACUGCUUAAAGGUGAAUUAUGCAAGUUUUAUUCAUCAAAUGAUUGUUUAUUCAUCUGUUUACAGUUUUCUGGACGUUCAACUGUAUAUGUGUGAUGGGGGGGGGAAAAGCAGUAUAAGUAUACAUUGUGCCUACAGAGGGAGCUGUGGGAAUUACGUCGCUUGAGUGAGCAAAGACUACAAGUUUAAAAAGUAAUCUGAGGGUGUGGAGUCACAAAGAUCGCUGUAGGCCACUCCUCGUGUCUGCUGGAGGCUAGCAGCUCCAGGCUACAUUCGCCCCUGCUAGGAAAAACACAACCAAAUCUCCCAGCUAAACGUUCAGCAGUGGAGAUGCAUUGUGGGUAAUGUAGUAACCAGAUUUUUGAUAAGAAUGUGUCAAA